ACAAACCAAGAUGGCGGCGAUCAGUCAGAACGUGGAGGAAAUUCGCAGCAGAGUUAUUUUGGGGGAAUUCGGUGUUCGAAAUGUCCACUCCACUGACUUCCCGGGGAACUACCCUGGAUAUGACGACACCUGGGACAUGCAGAAGUUCCAAGAGAAGUUCAGGAUUGACAUGGUGAGCCUGGAUGACUCCACGCUGGAGUUUGACAUGGUGGGCAUCGACGCAGCGCUCGCCAACGCCUUCAGGAGGAUCUUGAUCGCAGAGGUUCCCACCAUGGCCAUAGAAAAGGUGUUUGUCUACAACAACACUUCCAUCGUCCAGGACGAAGUCCUGGCCCACAGAUUGGGAUUAGUUCCCAUCAAAGCAGACCCCCGCCUCUUCGAGUACAGGAACUCAGAUGGGUCUGCAGAGGAGGAGGGCUCCGAGAUCGACACCAUCCAGCUUCACCUGAAGAUCAAGUGCACCAGGAACCCCAGAGCCAGCAAGGAGUCCUCUGACCCUCGAGAGCUCUACCUCAACCACAUGGUUUACUCAGGAGACAUCAAGUGGGCUCCUAUUGGGAAUCAGGCCGACGUGUUCGCAGAGUCCAGUAUAGGACCAGUGCACAAGGACAUCCUCAUCGCUCAGCUGCGCCCGGGACAGGAGCUGGACAUCAUCAUGCACUGUGUCAAAGGGAUCGGCAAAGAUCACGCCAAGUUCUCCCCCGUGGCCACGGCCAGCUACCGCCUGCUCCCAGAGAUCACGCUGUUGGAGCCUGUGACGGGGGAGAAGGCGGCGCGGCUCCAGCGCUGCUUCUCACCCGGAGUCAUCCAGUUACAGGAGGUGGAUGGUGAGACGGUCGCAGUGGUAGCCAACAGCCGCCUGGACACAUGCAGCAGGGAAGUGUUGCGACACGACGACCUGAAGAACCUGGUGAAGCUGGGACGAGUGCGCAACCACUUCAUCUUCAUGGUGGAGUCCACGGGGAUCCUCCCUCCUGACGUGCUGGUUACAGAAGCCAUCAAAGUCCUCAUGACCAAGUGCCAGAGGUUCCUCAAUGAGCUGGACUCGGCUGAGAUGGACUGAAUCAACCGCACUUGUCUCAUACUUUAUUGUUAAUUUUGUCCUUUGCCUUCUUUUACAUGCCUCUCUGCUGUCGUCUGAAAAUAAAAACAUGCUCAGACGAGGAUUGUUUUUUAGUUUACAUUGUUCCCAUGGCAACUGAGUUGACUGUGAGGACAGUGUGGUGAUGAUAGAUGAACAAACAAAGGUGAAACUCUGAGCUACAAGCAGGCUACGAGUGGUGCAUCCAAAAACAGGAAUCAGACAGUUUAUAACGUGAUCAGACAGUAGCUUGUUGUUGGUGUUUUUGUGGUUGAUCUCAUACUCACUUUGCAGCAGGGGUCUUCUGCUCAGUCCUCAUGUUGAUGUGGUGCAGGUUCAAGCACAGAUACACACCGCACCAGACGGACAUUCAACUGAAGACAGUCCUCUAGCACCUGAGGGGUUCAGCUACAUAUGACUGACUGGUUGGAUCCAAAACCUGCCACACCCCGGUCUGUUUAGUCCCAAGUCAAAUACCUUUGCUUCACACUGUGUCUGUCAGACCAAUGGCUAAAGAUUCUGUAGAUGGCGUGUAUAUUUGUGCAAUUCACUUCUUGUAUGAAGCAUUCUUUUUCAUUCUCACUCAUUUUCAAAUGAGUGAAGUUAGUUUAUUCAACCAGGAAACCAGAAAUUAUAUCUAUAAUCACGAUGUUCAAAUGAUUACUUUGGUCACUCUCUUUUAUAUUUGAAACAUAGAACUUUUUCUUUUGCCAAAAUGAAUGUAUUUAUCAUUGAUUAUCAUAUCAUGUCAUACACACAUAAGGGGAAAA